AUGGAGAAUACACUUAACUUUAACUUGAACGGUUUGACCUCUGCUUUACAAGAUCUCGUCUCCCAGCUUGGAUCAUUGAAUACCUCCAACAAUCAACCUGCAAGCUCCAGUACACUUCCUUCUCAACCUUUACCCAAUCCCAAAGGAGGAAUUAAUGCCAUUACUUUGAGGUCCGGAACUACACUGCCAGAGAGGAGUCAUGAGGAGUCAAGCUCAAAAGAAGACAUUCCAGUUGAAAGCACUGUGGAGGUAGAGCACGUUGAAGAAGAGGAUGCAGUACAAGAUGUGGUUGAAGAGGAAGCAGCUCAAACAAGGAAUGGAGCACCAAGGGAUGCAAAAGCUACAAGAGAUGCCAUUCCUAUUUCAUUUCCACACCUUGCUAGGAAGCCCAGAAAGCAGAUGGAGCUAGACCCCAAGAUGGUAGAGAUCUUCAAAAAGGUUGAGGUAACUAUUCUCCUUUUUUAUGCGAUUCACCAGGUACCUAAAUAUACUAAGUUUCUAAAAGAUCUAUGCAUGACUAAAGAUAAAAUACAUGAUUUAGAAACUAUUCCUCUAGGUAGCUCUAUUUAUGCUUUAAUGGGUUCCAUACCGGAAAAAUAUGGGGAUCCGGGUCCAUGCAUGGUUACUUGUACUAUUGAUGGUGUACAAUUUUCUGACUGCAUGUGUGAUUUAGGUGCGUGUGUGAGUAUUAUGCCAUUAUUUGUAUAUGAUGCCUUGAGGCUCCCUCCCUUAAAAUGGUCGGCAGUACGUUUUAUUUUGGCAGAUAAGAGCAUUAUCUCAGUGGCUGGAAUUGCUGAGGACGUAUUGGUGAGCAUUAAGGGACUCACAUUCCCUAUUGAUUUCUACAUCUUGGAGAUGCCCCCUAAUGACUCAGGAAGACCAUCAUCCAUCCUGUUUGGAAGACCAUUUCUGAAGACUUCAAGGUUCAAAUUGGAUGCCUUCUCAGGAAGUUACUCUUUUGAGAUAGAUGGCAGAACAGUGAGCUUUAAUCUGGAUAAAGCUAUGAAGCACCCACCGGAAGGUCACUCCAUCUUCCAGUGUGAUAUUAUUGAUGAGACUGUGGCUAAAGUCCACCAAGAAGAAGUACAAGAGAUGCACGUGGAGCAAGGUGCAAGUCUGGAGACACCCCUUGAGCUUACUGAAGAUACCUUGCCACCACAAAUAGCUCCAGAUGAUCAAGUGCCUCAUCAUGAGCAGAAACUGGAGUUGAAGCCCCUUCCACCCCACCUCAAGUAUGCUUACCUUGAGGAUAAUCAGAAGCUCCCAGUUAUCAUUCCAAGGGAACUCACUUCCUAG